AUGGAAUCCCAUCGUGAAUUAUUACAAGGACGAUUAAGCAGGAAAUCGGAAAGCCGCAGGACAAUGAAAGAUAUGUGGGAUGACCUAGCGAACAUUUUGAAUAGUUCUGCCGAGGGUCCCAAAAAGAAUUCUGAAGAAUGGAGAAAAAGCUGGAAUGACUGGCGAAUGAAUGUUCUUAAAAAGGAGACGAAAAGAAGAAAUCAUUCGAAGAGUACAGGUGGUGGUUCUCCUAUGAAAAUUAACUUCACUGACAUCGAAGAAAAGCUGUUGGAGUUAUUGACACCCGAAGCUGCCGGAAUUGAGAAUGUGCCUCAGGGAGGAAUUCCUUUAAAGAAGCCACGCAGCGAGCAGAGUAUUAUGAAGGAUUCACAUAGACAUUUACAAUCAACAAGUGUGUGGGAAUUGGGGAAUACGUCUGUUGAAACACAACCGCUUCAAAAUAUUCAAAGUGAUGAGCUGCAAUUUAUCGAAGAUUAUGAGCCUGUAUCCAACGAAGGAGUCUACACAUCAAGUUUUGCAGAUAAAAAUAAACAUUCAAUCGUAGAAACUAUAAAUUGCAACUCAGAAAAUGAAACUGAUAAGGAGAAUAUAAAUGCUAUAAAAUCUAAAUCACUUAUGAAAAAACGAAAAAUAAUAUCACCUGUACCUGUACCUUCGCAUACCACUUUUCCAUCAAAAUCUCUUAGUGGUAUGUCCACACAAAUGUUAAAAGUGCAAGAAGAAACAUUGUUAUUAAAACAACAAGAGUUACAAGCUAAACGGGAUAUGCUUGCAACCCAACAAAAAAUAUUACAAGAAAUGAGGAACAUGAACUCAAACAUACAGGUUCUGUUUGAAAAUUUGUUUUCCUCAGUGUCACAAAAUGAAUAA